GCACGCAGACAGCCGCGCGCCACUCCGCGGUACGGAACUACCACGGGACGGGCUUUCCCAUCGCGGCGGUGGUGGAAGCGCGUCGCCGGCACGUCGGCCGCAGUACCGUCGUACGGACUGAGCGCGAACCACCCUCUCUUUCUCUCUCUUUCAAACCCUUCCUGUCACCCUCUAUCUCUCUAUCUCGUCUGAUCCGCAUGACUCUCGACUCUCGGCCUGUCACCGUCUCGCGCCCGGGAUGAUCGUCGGCUGAACUCGCGAUCGAUCGAUCGAUCGAUCGAUCGCCGCGCGUCGAUCCCUCUCCUGGUUCCCGCCGGUAUCCCUUUCGAUCUCGCGGGACGACUUUCGUGAUCUAUGACUGGCCUUUGGAACGCGAGCUCGGGCUGUCCCUAGUCAGUGUCCGAAAGAAGAGCAAGUGGGACGGCUGUUGCGGCGACUGUGAACAGUGAACGCGCGACGGACAGGUGGGAUGUGAUCGCGAAAUCGCUCCCAGUUCGACCAGGGGAUGCCGCUCGAUGAUCCUCCGGAGGAUGGACACGGGUGCGACGACGCUCGGAGGGGAUAAGGCUGCCCGCGGGUCCAGGUGCGACGCGAUACCUGGAGCUACCGUCCCCGAGACUUCCUGAAACGCCGAUUCGCGCAAGGAUUAUGUGACGAUCGUGUUUGUGCCCCUCGGAAUUCUCGGGAGCUUCCCUCAGGAGAGAGGAAGACAGAAGGAAAAAGAGAACGCAAGAGAGAGAAAGAGAGAAACAGAGACACUCUCUUUUUCUCGAGGCUCAAAACUGGAACUGAACUCGGGCGCUCAUCGCAUGCUCGCCUCUUCGUUCAGUUGGGACUUCGAUUUGCCGCGGAUUCUGUAAUCGAGUUCAGCUAAUCGUUUAUUCUCACUCAGUCUCAUUUGAACUGAAGGAUCGAGGAAAAAAGGAGAAUGAGAAAGAGAAGCGGGCAAACCCAGAUACUCGAAAUCAGAUUUGCGUUUCCGCGUUCAGACAGAGUCUUUCCGAUCGUGCACGAACAGCCAGGACAAGUCGCGAUUAUUUCCGUGUUAAUUGUCGGCCGAUAAUUCGUUAAUCGAUAUCGGCGAUCGGCUGUGCCUCGGCGCGCGUUAAUCAACCCCGGCCCUUGGCAUCUUUCAGCCGGGACUGCCGCCGAGUCGGCGUCCGCAACUGUCAGCCGCGAGCUCGAUCCCUAAUUAUCAUCAUUUCGCCGCAUGAUUGCCGUACUGAUUCGCGGGACUUGAACCAAGUCACCGGUAAGUGCAGCCGCCGUCGCGGAGACUUGUCAGUUCCAGCAGACGUUGCGACCGCAGCUCGGGAGGGUUCGCGGAAGCGAGCGCAGGAAGAGCAGCCCAGCAGAAACCGUUCAGUUUCGCGCGAUCGCGGAAGUAUCCCGAGACACGCGACUCAUCCUGCCGCAGCACGACGACGUGUUUCGCAAUCCCGCGAGUGCAGGAGUAGCUGUGAGAGGCAGCUGCGCUUUAUCCGUCGCCCAUCGCCAGUGGCAACACACCGGACCGUAACGGAUUGACGUCGCGGUUCUGUGCUCCGUUGCGGAAAUCAAACGCGAGUACGACGAUAACAGCCCCGAUCAGCAAGGACCAGCGAAGACCGGAGCGAGUUCGCGGAGAAGGAGUGACGAUAGUUAACGGAGCAACGACACAACAGUGACAGUUCCGGGGUGAAACAAUCGAGUAUCGAGUGAGCGUUUCCUGCAGCGCGGAUAAAAUCGGGUAAAGACGGUCGGUUUCGCGGCACGAGCGAACAUCGUUGUUGCUUGUUGAAUUAACUGUGAUAAGAGAGGAAGAGAGAAAACACACGCGCGCGUGUACGUGUAUGUGUGUGUGUGUGUGGACGUUGAUAGCAGAGUACGCGGCGAAGCGUUCGCGAUGAGAUCGAGCGAGUCAACACGGGGUUAAGCGUCGCUAAUUAUCUUAGAGCCACUGCAUAAUUGGCGCUAAUUAAUCGGCGACUCGUCGCGGCGUGCACCGCGCCCGACGGAUUCCCUGCGAAUUUCACGCUUUCUCGCCGCCGUCGUCGUCAGCUCUUAGACGGAAACAAUGAAGUGGCUCUGGAUAAUCGUCUUAAUAGCUCUGGCUCUGCCAGCCGCUGUACCACGAAAAAUCCACAGGAGCAAACCCACGCCACGAUUGUACGGCGACCGAGUCCCCGUCAGAUUAAUAAGGACCACCAGCAGUAAAGUGCGGCAGAAGAUCGUCGAGACCCACAAUUAUUUUCGCACGCAGGUCAAGCCAGCCGCCGCCAACAUGCUCGUCAUGAAAUGGCACCCAGGCUUAGCGAAGGCGGCGCAGAGGUGGGCCGAUCGCUGCCUCGGUUUAGUGCACGACAAUGCAACCGGCUUGUACCUGGAUGGCUUCGGCCAGAGUGGACAAAACAUUUUCAUCAGCACGGGUCGCACGCUCUGGAACUUCCCCAUCAGAAUGUGGUACAUGGAGUACAAGGACUUCAAAUACGGGGCCAAUACGACGAAUGACGUACUCGAGGUCGGCCAUUACACGCAGGUGGUGUGGGCGACGACGCAUCUGGUCGGGUGUGGAGUGAGCCAUUGCACCGGCGGCAAGGGUCCGCUCGGCAAGGACUUCUACAUGUAUGUCUGCAACUAUGCGCCAAGUGGCAACUACAGGGGCCGUCUGGGCCUGCCCUACGUGGCCGGCAAGCCCUGCAGCAUGUGCAAGGACCACUGCGCGCGGAACCAGCUCUGCACGAACGCCUGCUUCUACACCGACCUGUGGUCGAACUGCGCCGAGCUGGUCAGGACGUUCGGCUCCUGGGUCUGCGAGACGGAUACCAAGGAGGGCCGCGAGCGCCGGAAGUUCUGCGGCGCCACGUGCAAUUGCAAAGACAAGAUCUACUACCAUUACGGGUAGGAGGAGGGCCGCUCGGCCGCUGGUUGGGUCCACCGAGUUGCAUGAAUAAUUUAAUCGCCAAACUCUCUCUCCCUCCCUUCCACUCCCUCGCACUCUCUCUCUCUCUUUCUUUCUCUGUCCUCUCCCUCUGUGUCUUUGCCAUCUCUCAAUCUAUCAUCCUCGCACCUACACGCGGACCCGGUGGCGAGCACGUCGACGGUCGAACGACUCUGUGGAUCGCACGACGGGAUCGCGUUUGUUUCGCCCGAUGAGAACUCGAUGAGAGCUCGUUCGUUUCAACGACCGAGGGGUCCCUCGUGACGCUUCCCCAGCGUCGACUUCGACCUCGUGUUGUCGUGCAGCCGGAUAGAUAGGGUGAGGCGGGAAUAACGCGGAACUAGCGCGGUAGAUGAAGUGAGAGGAGCUCGAAAUUCGCCUCCACCUGUAGGCGGAGAGCCCGGAUCUCGCGGAUACCAGGCGCCGUCAGUGUAAUCCGUGGAUUCCACGUCGCGGAUCUAACGAUCCCGAACGAUGCAUGCAAUCCCGCGAUCCCCCGCUUUCUGAGAGAUACGAUCUUCUCCUUAUGCGUGAUCCUCGUGUAUGUCAGGACACCUCGGGUUCUCGAGCGCUUCAGGAUCGUCGUGCGAGAUCGGCCAAGAACGUCCGUCUAUCUUUUGUGUAUUCGAGCAAGUAUUCGCGGUCUUUCUUCCUUUUUCUCGCGGGGUAUUAAUCACGUUACUGCGAGAAAUUAAUUUGCACAAAAAGCACUAACUUCGCGUGACAUUUAAGAGUCGUAUAAUGUAUUCUUAAAUUCGUCUUAUUUCGAUCUUACGGUCGCCCACUCGUUGUUCCGGCAGUAUUUCUCAUUUAUUAUGAAAACGAAAUUAAGCCGAGAUGAUUUACGUCAAAGGAGCUCGAGCGAGUCGAGAAGUGGAUUAAUUUUUCAUUGGUGGGCUUCACAGUGGGCUUUACAGUCGUAUUAUCGGGAUUAAAAUGUGAAAAUUGCACAACUCCCUUUCUUUCUCUGUGCAUACUAUAAAGAAGGAUCGGUCGGAACAACUGAAAUCGAGUUGAGCGAAUUCAAUUUCCGGAUUCUACAUAUGGCGAGUUAAUUGCCUGAAUAAUUCUUUCAGCGUAAUUUUGACAUUCUGAUAAUCUCGUGUAUGUGUCAAACAAGCUAAGCAUUCAACAAAAUUGAUUAAUCACGAUAUUGAUUUGACAACUCUGCCGAGUGGAACCAAUCUCGCAAUUAUCGAAGUGAUUAGUUCAACGUGCUUAUCGUCUGAUUCACUUAAUUCAAUGUACUUAUCGUCUGAUUCACUUAAUUCAAUGUACUUCACUUCCAUCCAUAAGUAGAAUUACUUUGUGUAGUCAGACCUCAACUUUUUUCGUAACUGAAAGAAUUUAUAAGGUCCAUGUGCAUAAAGAAAAAUAUUAUUGUACUGCUGAAAAAAAGGCGUUUGCUCAGUUUACUUUCCUUCUGUUCAUUAUUGGUUAUCUCCAAUGAAAAAUACUUUCUCGAUAAUAGUCUCCAAAUAUACUUAUCGCGAAAAACUUAGAAAAGCUCAUAUUAUUAUGUAUUCGAAAGAAGAAUUUAUUCUUUUUACACGAAUAUUAUAAAACUCUGUCCAAGAGAAAGUUGGUUCGACUCUAUGUAGUAAGCAAAUCGAAUUUUUCUUUCAAUUUAAUAUUUUUAAUUAAUAUUAUAAUGCUCUUUAUAAUGUAUUUUGAACAAAUUUGAUGCUUAUGAGACGAGCUUAUGACAGAUUUGUGGGUAUAUAAAUUCAUGAAGAUUACUUCAUAAAUUAAUUGAAAUAAUUAACAUUUCCUUUAAUGCAGUAUAUAUUUUUCUAUGUGCAUAACUACACGGAGAGAAUAUUAUAGUUUAUUUUUUUCAUAUAACUUUUUUUCGAUUUUACUAUGUUUUUGGUAAUUCAAUAGACAGUAAGGUCUACCUUGCUAGUAACAUAAUAACACAAAGUAACAUAGUUACAAAGUAACAGUAAAUUUCUCUAGAAACACAUAACAAGUGUUUUCAUAGCACAUUUCAGUUUCUAAAAUAUAAAAUAAAAUAAAAGGAUCGUGAAUUGUGUUGCAGAAUGUCGAUCUAUUCCUCAGUGUUACAAAACCCUAUAGUAAUUUUUAUUAUUAAAUUCUCUCCGUGUACAUUUUAGUUCUAUUAACCUUUCGCUUUUGACUAAAUUGGAGUGUUGAAAUUCUUACAUGAAAUUAUUGGACAGGCUUGAUUUUGAUUCAAUUAAACUCGACUGCAGCUGAUGCAACCAAAUUUUCUCAAUUCAGAAACUUGGUUCCUUUCAGCCGAUCUUUUUUAUUCGGUGUAACUGACGUAAGCGGAGAUAAUCGAUGCACACGCACAUAUAUAUAUAUAUACACACACACACACACACACAUGCAUGUAUCACGUACACACGUAAGCACGCGCGUGGGAAAACGAAGUUCCAGGACCGGGUUCGCGAAGUUUUCAACGUGCUUGUCCCAUCAACGACUCUCUCUUUAACGUACUUGCUCUUUCUAAGGGUACAAUUCUGGUUAAGGCAUAUACGAGCUGAUUUGGAGAGCCGCCGUGUUGAGCUCCUAUAACUUUGGAAUACGUACAAGUAAAUGAUUUUACAAGGUAGAAGGUGUCGCGCACACACACACACUCUUCGUCGCAUGUGCUUCACGCAUUGCGCAUGUAACGCCACCGAUCACAGUGGGAUCAAAUAGGAAUUUACUGUCCAAAAAUCGCUAGAGACCACAAUUUUAUAGCAAUCAGGAUGAUUUUUUUUAAAUAAUUUUUUAUAACUUUUUAUAACUGCUAAUCUCCUGUCAACAUAAACAAAAUCAUUAUAAACACAAAAUAAAAGAGUUAGAGGUAAGAGUAUUUAAGAGCCAGGCACAGGUCAAAAAGUGCAAUCAAUGUAUUCCAAUACAUUUGUAAUACAAUUUGUAAUACAAUUUGUGAUGCAAUUGUAAUACAUUGAUUGCAUUUUUUUAUCUGUGCCUGGCUCUUAAAUGCUCUUAUCUCUAACCCUUUUAUUAGAGCCAUUUUUUCUUUUAUUUUAUACCAAAUCAUUAUGUUUUAACACAAUAUAUAUGUUGCAAUAGGGUAUACAAAGUCGUUCAACAUAAAUGUAAAGUCAGUACUAAGAUCUAGUAUUUAACAGCUAAGAUCUAGUAUUUAACAGCUUUCUGUCAAUCCCAUAUGAAGCCGAUAUGAAAAAAAUGUUUCUGUAACACGAAAUAUGUCACUGUAAGGUAUAUUAGGUUUAGGUUGCUGAAUACGAACUUAAUUCUUAUUAAUAUUGCAACAUUUAGAAGAAUUAAAAAAAAAUCGACAGUUUUUUUCUACAUUGAUUAACGUUUAAUUUAAAAAAAAAUUCAUUCCGCUUGCAAUAAAAUUGUGGUCUCUAGCGAUUUUUGAACAGUAAAUUUCUAUUUGUUCUCAUUGUGCGACGGUGCAACGUAGUCGAUCGUGCGUCUUUGAGAGAGGAGAGAAGAGCGGGCAAUAAUAACUCUACGUCGUCUCUCUCGUGCGUGACGUAUAUUCUUUCACGAUCUCCACUUUGUUUUUGGAUAGUGUUUCUCCGCGUUUUCUCUUUCUCUCUCUCUCUUUCUCUGAAACGUGCGCAGCGGCGCGCAGACAGCGCGCACAACAGACUCCACAGCGGCUUACAUUGUCACCAGCGGGUUAUAUUCACGGCCUGUGCGUUAAAUAUUCACGGUGUUAUAGGCGAUGCAUCGUAUCGAGCGCGCCAAUCGAGAAACUCACUUAAUUAACGGAUAAAGCGCGCGCUAAGCUAAUUCGAUUUUAUCUCAUUUCGGCAGAUCUAAUCGCGUAAUUUCGCCGACGCUCCUCACGAAAGCCGCAAAAGCGACGACAUUUCUAAAUAUAUAUAUCACGCGAGACUGUAAAUAAGUAAUCCGAUGGGUUUACAUAUCGAAACUGUGACAAUUACUAGAUGAUAGACGAUUGUACUUCUAAUUUUAGCUAAUCGCGUUAGGGGGCGACAGUGUAAAAAUCCAGAAGAGAAGGAACGUAAACUCUUCUCGGAGGAGAGACGGGGCGCGUCGGUGUUUCUUGUCUCUAUGUGACGAUGGUAACUACUCUUCGUUAGUACACGAUCGCAGUGACUCUAUCGGUAUUCUUUUUAUCCUAGAUUUAACGUUAGUGUUACUCUAAGCGCGCAGCAUCGGACAGAGUCCGCGCCGUGACUGCGAGGUUAACUCUUUACCGCUUAAUUUUUCUUACGAGCGAAAAAAAAAUAUAUUUUGGACAAACAGCGUACAGAGCGUAAGUAACUAGUGAUACAACCACUUGCUUUCUCGCGAAUAAAAUUUCCGGGGAUACAUAUCGUGUGUGAUGAGAGCGAAUCGGUCGGGAACGAAGAAUUGUACGGAGUGUGUCGCCUUCGACGGUAUGUACGAUGCACGUUCAUCGCGUAAGACAGAAAGUUCUUCUUCGGCAAGAUCGAAUGAGGAUUUACGUAGCGGCGCGAAUGCAAGGGAGUCCCUUCGCUCGACCGAGCGUAGUCGAACGUCACCCUCUUAAGACUCCUGGAUACUCGCCGUGGAACUCGUGUCUAAAAUUCUCGCGCGUCAUUCCCGAAUAAAAAGAUAUUUAUCAGAAAGAACACUUUUGAUCGAUCAACCCUUACAAACCAGACGGUCUCUCUCUCUUUCUCUCUCCCUUUUACAGUAUUUGAGCCAGAACUUUUUUAUAUACGCCAAAAGAUAGACUAGUAAAAAACAUGACACACUUCUCGUCACUAUGGUGACCUCUCGGAUUAUAUAGUAAAUAUUUUGCUAAAUUGAUUUCUUUUUUUUAUUUAAUCAUACAUAAAUCUUUUUACUAAGAAUCAUGAAACUUAAUACUAAAAAUCAUGAAAGAAUAUAAAUUUAUUUAUCGUUUAUUUUGUAGAAAAUUUUAAGAAAUAUGCAGUGCGUCUGACGCUAAAAUGAAACACGUACAUAUAUAAGUUGGGUCAUCAGAUCGUUAAUACGCUAUAUAUGAUAGUAAGGAAAGUCAAAAUAUACAACCAAAAGUCUAUUAUUUGUAUAAAUUUUAAAGUAUAUUAUUACUGUAUAAGUAUAUAAGGAAAUAGAUAUAUUUGUGUAUCUAUUUUUAUUGACUAAUUGACUUUUUUUUUAUUAAUAGCAUAUAAAUCUUUUUUUAUCCAAAAACAUGAAAAAACAUGAUUUCUUAUUUUUGUGGUAAAAUCAUACAAAAAUACGUAAUAACUUCUUUGAAAACAGAAUCACAAAAUAUAUAAAACAAAAUGCCUAUAUUUGUAUAAAUUUCAAAGUAUAUUAUUGCUGAAAUAUAAAAAAUUCAUAAAUGACACAAAUAUAUUGAUAUAUUUAUUCUUGUUUGUAACUUUUUAUUUAAAAAAUGUUUCAAGCUUUCAUAUUUUUUAAAAGUUCUUUUUUAUUAAUUUGUAUGGAAAAUGUAUGAUAAUGAUAAUAAUAAUAAUCGUAAAAAUUGCAUUUGUAUUUUACAAAAUUGCUGCCGUGCCACUACAGCAGCUUCUCGAAUUGUAAGGAUUAAGCAAAUUUGUAAAAUGUUCUGAAAAUUAUUAUUAUUCUUUUUCUCUGACAACCAAUAAAUAGCCAUCAAAUUAACAUGACAUGCAAUCUUUUUUUUCCCAUUUUUCCUCAUGAUUUUGUCACGUUUAUUUUAUGGCUAUUUAUUGACUAUCAAGAGGAAAGAUCAGUUUUUGGAAUAUUUUACACGUUCAAGCAAUCCGAAGUGUUCUUUCGUACAAAUACCUUUUCAUUUGAAAAUAGUACGCAAGAAUGUUCAGUGUGUUAUUUCUCAUUUCUGACGUCACAAUCCAAUAUGGUUGCGGCGAGCGGCUAGGAGCCUUAAGCGCGGAAGAAUCGCGGAUGUCCAGAUAAGAGCGGCAUUCGAUCGGGCACGUGUGUGUCGUGAGAGAGAAAUAAGCACGUUAAAUGUAAUAUUAUACAGUUUGAUGUGAAAAGUCCCUUUGUCGUUAUUUUUUUAUAGAAAAAAAAAGGAAAAUAGCGAAUUAGAAUAUCGCGGUAAUACACGGCAUAUGCGGUAAAGAGUUAAAGCGAAUCGUAAAUCAUAGGACAUAAUCGAUAAUAUGAUAAUGGAGAUAUUCUCCAAGGAAACAAUACGUGCGACGAGGAUGGCGAGCAUGGUCGAUGAUAAUAAAUGGCACUUGGUCGUCGAUAAUUAAGGAGUUCGUUAAAGAGAUAUAACAGUGAAUGUGUGUGUAAUACAAUACUGCUCGAAAUAAAGCCGUUUCAAAACUGUA